UACAAAGCGUUCAGACGAUCUUUGUAAAGUAGCACAUGGACUGAGCUGUUUACAAACACUUUAUUCAUGCAUGUAUCUUAGAAAUAUUAAAAAAAGUCUAUCAUGACAGACCUAAUAGAUGACGUCAGGAGGAAAGUUACUCUACGGGAGCAUGCUGUAGAAAAUACACAUAGCUCUGACUUUCCUGGAAAUUAUGAAGAUUAUGAUGACUCAUGGAGUCAGAAAAAAUUUGAAAAGAAGUUCAGAAUUGAUAUGGUAAAGAUGAGCCAUGAUGAACUCGAAUUUGAUAUGGUAGGGGUAGAUGCUUCUAUAGCCAAUGCAUUCAGAAGGAUUCUUCUUUCUGAAGUCCCCACAAUGGCCAUAGAAAAAGUUUUUAUUUACAAUAAUACCUCUAUAAUACAAGAUGAAGUAUUAGCACACAGACUGGGAUUGAUACCUAUUAAAGCUGAUCCAAGACUGUUUGAAUAUAGACAGGAAGGAGAUACAGAGGGAACAGCUGGUGAUACUUUAGAAUUUCAGUUGAAGGUCAAAUGUACAAAGUGUUUGAAAGUUGCAGACACAACAGAUCCUGAUGAUCUGUAUAAAGACCAUAAAGUGACAACAAAACAUCUGAAGUGGGUUCCAAUAGGAAAUCAAGCUGAAAUUUUCAAAGAAGGAGAAAUCAGACCAGUCCAUGAUGACAUUUUAAUAGCAAAGUUAAGGCCAGGGCAGGAGUUAGACAUCAGAAUGCAUUGUGUCAAAGGUAUAGGCAAAGAUCAUGCAAAGUUCUCACCAGUUGCAACAGCAUCAUAUAGACUCCUACCUGAAAUAACAUUACUUCAAACAGUAGAGGGCUCUCUAGCAGAAAAACUACAGAAAUGUUUCUCUCCUGGUGUCAUUGAAAUAGACAGAGUUAAAGGAGGAAGGAAGAAGGCUCGAGUAGCAAAUUCCAGAAAAGAUACCUGUAGCCGUGAAGUCUUCCGCCAUGAAGAUCUGAAAGAUACAGUCAAGUUAGAAAGAAUAAGGGAUCACUUCAUAUUUUCUGUGGAGUCUACAGGUGUCCUAACACCAGACGUACUGGUAUGUGAAGCUGUCCAAGUCCUGAUGAAAAAAUGUAGAACAUUUCUAACUGAACUGAAAGAAAACACAGAUAAACCUAAAUAAAUCAAUGUUACAUUA